CUUUUCCAGCAAUGGUUUUUCGGAAGCUUGAGCAGAAAGAAUGCUACGCCGCGCAUUAGGUACCGCCGGCUGCGCGCGGGGUUUCCCGUCUCUGCUUUGAACUCGGUUUUUCACUUCCUGCUGUAUUAUUGUUCACAUUUUUUGCUUCCUCCUCAAAUUAUACAUACACCAUUCGAUGGCGCUACGGUUUGAGGUUCUAGGGAGGUUCAACCGUGCUCGUGCUGCUCAACUAACACUUCCCCAUUUUGUAUGCCAAACGCCUCUAUUUAUGCCUGUUGGUACACAAGGGACAAUAAAAGGUUUGGCGACAGACCAGCUUGAGGAAAUUGGCUGCCAAAUAAUACUUGGGAAUACAUAUCAUUUGGAACUUCGUCCCAGUUCUGAGUUGAUUGAUGAGUUGGGGGGUCUCCACAAAUUUAUAAACUGGCCAAGAGCACUGCUAACUGACUCUGGUGGAUUUCAGAUGGUGUCACUAUUGCAUUUAGCUGACAUUACUGAAAAAGGAGUCACAUUUCAGUCUCCAGUUGAUGGAAAGCCAAUGCUUCUAACACCUGAGGAAUCAAUUCAAAUCCAAAACAGAAUUGGAGCAGAUAUCAUUAUGGCUCUUGAUGAUGUUGUGAAAACCACCAUUACUGGCCCACGGGUUGAGGAGGCUAUGUAUCGCACUCUUCGUUGGAUAGACAGAUGCAUUGCAGCUCACAAGAGACCGAAUGAGCAGAACUUGUUUGGCAUUGUCCAAGGUGGUUUAGAUCCUGUAUUGAGGGAUAUAUGUGUGAAAGGCUUGGUGGAUCGGAAUCUCCCUGGCUAUGCUAUUGGUGGCCUUUCAGGUGGCGAAGAUAAAGAUUCAUUUUGGCGUGUUGUUGCGCAGUGCACUGCUGCAUUACCUGACGAUAAACCACGAUAUGUUAUGGGGGUUGGUUAUCCAUUGGAUAUUGUAGUUUGCAGUGCUUUAGGGGCUGACAUGUAUGACUGUGUUUAUCCCACCCGUACUGCUCGUUUCGGUACAGCACUUGUAUCUGAGGGAGUGCUGAAGCUCAAGCACCAGGCAAUGGCUGAUGAUGAUCGCCCCAUUGAUCCGACUUGCCAGUGUAUGGUUUGCAAGAAGUAUACAAGGGCUUACAUCCAUUGCCUAGUUACAAAAGAUGCUAUGGGAUCUCAACUAUUGUCAUAUCAUAAUUUGUAUUACAUGAUGAAGCUUAGCCAGGAUCUGCAUUCAUCAAUAAUUGAGGGAAAGUUUCCAGAGUUUGUAUGCAAGUUCCUGCAGAAAAUGUUCCCCAAAGGUGAUGUCCCUGAAUGGGUCUGCAAUGCCAUGGAGGUUGCUGGAAUCGAUAUCUCUCCCUCUGCUCUCCAUUCUUCCUGAUCCCAAGAUUAGACUUGAAAAAAAAAGAAAGAAGUAAUGAUGUAGAAAUUUAUAGGCUCUACUCAGAGAGUAUGAAGAAAUUGAUAUGUUGGCGGCAACACAGUGCAGCAUAUUAUUUUUUUGCCCAUAUGCUGCUUUGCUGAGAAUAUACAUGCUCGAGGAAUUUUUUUUCAUGUAGGUUGAUCUGCUAUACACACAAAUUGUUGUCAAUUAAUUGUUUCAAUAGAGUUUAUCUUGUAACUUUUUGAUGUUGGAGAUAUCAGGUUCAAAUCCUGGGAGGGGGUGGGAAGAGGUAUGAGAUGGUAGAUGGAUUAUUCGUGUGGCCUAGGCCUCCCUAGAAAGGAUUUAUAUUUAUUGUUCGAAUGGAAUACUCUCUAAGCUUGUCUUUCAUGCCCCUUGAAUUAAUAUGACCACUACUAAAGGAGUUGAUUCAA